AUGGUGGACGUUUCUGGAUUUGAGGGAUUUGAGAAAAGGUUAGAGCUUCGAUUCUUCAGAGACAAAGACCCAUUGGAGAACUCCAUGGGACUAAGGCUUAUCGACUUCGAAUCUCUCGAGAAAGUAUUAGAAACCGUGCAAUGCACGGUAGUUUCCGCCAUAGCUAACCAAAGCUUCGACGCAUACGUCCUCUCAGAGUCAAGCCUCUUUAUUUACCCAACCAAGAUCAUCAUCAAGACAUGUGGCACUACAAAGCUCCUCAAGUCGAUCCAACCACUGGUCCUCCUCGCUCGAAAUCUCAACCUCACGUUAAGCGCGUGUCGUUACACUCGUGGCAGCUUCAUCUUCCCCAAUUCACAGCCUUUUCCUCACACUAGCUUCGAAGAAGAAAUCGUCGUACUCGAGGAAGCUAUUCCGUUAUCUCUCCGUUACCGUAAAGCCUCUGUUUUGCCUUCUCACGAACCCUCGCGUGCAUGGCACGUUUUCUCCGCAAGCGUUGACUUCGACUCCGAUUCUUUCAUUGUCGUUGAGGUUUGUAUGACGGAGCUCGACCGUUUUCUCUCUCGGAGCUUCUUUGGACGUAACGGGAAAGAGAUGACACGGCUAAGCGGAAUCGAUUUGAUAAACGCAAACGCAAUUGUAUGCGAUUUCGCGUUUGAUCCUUGCGGUUACUCGAUGAACAGCGUCGACGGUGAUCGUUACUCGACAAUCCACGUCACGCCGGAGGAAGGUUUUAGCUAUGCGAGCUUCGAGUGCGUGGCUUCGGUAAAUGACGAAGAUAUAGCGUUGGUUUUGAAACGCGCCGUUGACGUUUUCCGGCCAGGAACCGUCUCGAUCGCCACCACGUACGGCGGAGAGGAGUAUAAUGAUGAGGUGACUAAGCGAGUGGAGAGCGUUUUAGAGGAGAAAUUGGGGCUAGAGUGUCGAAGCCGUCGUGUGGAAGAGUUUCCAGGCUCGGGAACAGUCGUGUACCAGUCGUUCACUUCUCGUCGGAAAAUAGUCUUGCCUGAGAAAAACGGUGAUGAAUGCUGA